UUUCUGUGCACCUGUUGAUUGGCAGACUCAUCCGCCAAUCACCUGUUAGACCCGUCAGCCAAUCAUACGGCUGCUUCUGGGUGAUCCAAGAUGGCGGCCUCCAGCGCUCGGUAUCGUACAUCAUCAUAAUUUAACACAAAAACAUUUUUAAAGGACUACAAACUUUGGGGAAGGUAAAAGGGGCCAAGCGGCGGGACGGUAUCGCCGGUUGACCACGGAGACGGACCCCCAUGAGGUAUCGGUCUGGGUAGACUCGGUGUGACGGACUAUUGAAGUAUGGCGACCGAGAACCGAAUCCACUUCUGGAGGAGGAACGUCAAGGUUCCCGGAAGUAUUCAGCCAGUUUAUGGAGCUCAGCAUCCACCCCUCGACCCCCGACUGCGGCGCACGUUCGCCAAAGAAGCUGCCAAGCCAAACUUCAGCAAUCUGAAGUCCAAGAAGCCCUCUAGUUUCCACGAAUUUGCGCGUAGCACCAACGAUGCCUGGGAUAUCGACGAUGAUGAGGAGGACGAAGACUUCCUGGCUGCCCAUCAGACGUCACUGACGCCCGGCCUGCACCCCUCCCCACCUCUCCAGCAGUACCCAGGGCCGUCCCUGCACCAGGCGGACCUCGCUGACCGCCUGACUCCUCUGGGGGCAGCCGGCCUGAACCCCCAGGAGGAGCAGGAGCCUGACUGCGAGGAAGAGGCGCAGCAGGACGAAGGAGAGGAGGAAGAAUGCGGAGAGUUCAAUGGCAGGGUGGGCAAGUCCAGCAGUGAUGCCCACCUCGGCGAUUCCUCAGUUCGAUCCACGCUGCAGAAGCAGAAGUCCCUCCCGAUGAGACCCAUCAUCCCGCUGAUCGCACGCAUCUCGGACCAGAACGCGUCGGGAGCGCCGCCCAUGACGGUGCGAGAGAAGAGUCGGCAGGACAAGUUCCGCCAGCUGCUGGCCAGCCCCAACACCGACCUGGAGGAGCUGCGGAAGAGCAGCUGGUCAGGCAUCCCAAGAGAGGUCCGACCAAUCACCUGGAGGCUUCUCUCUGGCUACCUUCCUGCCAACAUGGAGCGCAGGGAUCUGGUGCUGAAGAGGAAGAGAGACGAGUACUUUGGCUUCAUAGAGCAGUACUACCACUCCAGAACAGACGAGCACUUCAAAGACACAUACAGACAGAUCCACAUCGACAUUCCCAGAACCAACCCUCUGAUCCCCCUGUUCCAGCAGCCGACGGUGCAAGAGGUGUUUGAGCGCAUCCUGUUCAUCUGGGCGAUCCGCCACCCUGCCAGUGGAUACGUCCAGGGGAUCAACGACCUGGUCACACCCUUCUUCGUAGUUUUCCUUUCGGAAUUUGUGGAGGAGGAUGUGGAGAACUUUGAGAUGGCCGGCCUUCCUCUGGAGACGCAGAGGAACAUUGAAGCAGACAGCUUCUGGUGUAUGAGCAAGCUGCUGGAUGGAAUACAGGACAACUACACGUUUGCUCAGCCCGGAAUCCAGAACAAAGUGAAGGACCUGGAGGAACUGGUCAGCAGGAUAGACAUGGACAUCCAUGGUCACCUGAAGAGGUACGAGGUGGAGUACCUGCAGUUUGCGUUCCGCUGGAUGAACAACCUGCUGAUGAGAGAGCUACCGCUGCGCUGCACCAUACGGGUCUGGGACACCUACCAGGCGGAGGCUGAAGGCUUCUCCAACUUCCACUUGUACGUGUGCGCUGCGUUCCUCAUUGAGUGGCGCAAAGAGAUCCUGUCCAUGGUCGACUUUCAGGGGCUUCUCAUGCUACUUCAGAACCUUCCCACAAUCCACUGGGGUAACGAGGAAGUGGGUCUACUUCUCGCUGAAGCUUACAGACUUAAGUAUAUGUUUGCAGAUGCACCAAAUCACUACAAGAGAUAAGCCAGGGGCUUCAAAGUUACCACAAGCAGCAGUUUGAUGGCUUCCCUUUAAAUUAAAUCCACUGUUUGGAAUGGACUUCUUCCAAUGUUUGAAGCACUCCAGGUAAAUUGUGUCUAAUGAAAACUAGGCCAGACAUAUCGACAGGGAAAUAAACAAUGUACAGCAAAUACACUAUACGUGUAAAUUAAGGGCAACUCCUCAAACUUCCGUCAUGGUACUCCGUUGUACAAAAUAUCUAUGUUUGCUAAGUUCAAUGUGUGGGUAUGGAGGGGGGUUCACCAAGGCUCUGUUUAAGUGCUUUAGUCCAUCUCCAGUUUAAGGACAGUUUAAAUUUAUUCCCACAUAUUGAUAAAAGUCUUGUUUGGUGAUGGAACCAAUGGAACUGGUCGAUAUUGUUUGGCAGACUUUCUCAUGGACAGCUCCAGUUUAACUCCUGGUCACAUGGAAUCGUGUUUUACUCAUACCUGAUGAGGUCAUGCAGCAUUGAUUGUUUUUACUUGUUAUAGUAAAAAUAGUGUAAAUAAUAGGUAAUGUUUGUGAGACCAUCCUUUUUAUUAAAAAGAUGGUGUCCAAUGGAGUCGACAGAUUUAUAUUUUCUUCAAAAAUUGUCUCUGUGAUUGUUUUUACAAGGUAAAGGACAAAACACAGGCUGUGUUUAUAUUUUAAUAUCAUACUGGCCGGUUGGGAUGAAAAGGUUCCGAUUCCCAGAGAUCUGGUGGGGCUUUUUUUCCCGGUCAGAAGACUGAUUCUCCAGGCAGUCAACCCUUCAGUCUGUCGGGACUGAAAUGGUCAUAUUGAGCCUAACUCGGAGCCAUGACCUCAUCUUCUUUUCUGAUUUACUUUGCCAUUUAAAGAAAAUAAAAUAUUUGUAUGGAUAUUAAAUAUGGCCACCUUUCUAUAUCUGGCCUUCAUUCUUCUGUUGUAUUUCAGGUUCCCUUGGUGCAGUUUAAGUUACCAAAUAUGUUCUAGCUCUCCUUUGGGCUCUGAUGUUCACUCCAGAAUAGUACGUAGCCUUCCUACAUGCUGAUGCCUUUUCAUAGUGACCUUUUGUAACACACUGUUGUCACUUUGUUGAAGUGAUACUCCAGAGAUGUUCCUCUUUCUGGUGAUGUAGCUACUCCACAUCACUGAUUAGUUCAAACAAAUUAAACAUUUGAUUAAAUAGUUACAAAUAUCAAAUAGUAUCAAAUAUUCUGUUUGAGAAAUGGUUGAAUUUACUACGUUUGCCUUGGUACUAGCUAAUAGUAAGUACAUUUUAAGUUUCCAUUCCAAUAUAACUAGAGUAUGGUAGAGAAAUGAUCUCCUUGAUUAUUAUAAAGAAUGUAAUUAAUUUAACAGGCCGGUAGAGAAUUCUUCUGUAGUGUCACUCAAUCGGUUUGUUUUUUUGUUUCUGGUACCUAUAACUGUGACUGCCUAGUCGUGUGAUCCAGGUUCAUUUGUGUCCAGGAUUAUCGCGAUAAUUUAUGUUCAGUUUUUAUUUUCUUUAUGGAAUGUGAAUACAUGUGAUACUACUUUAGUCAUAACCAGGAUAAUUAUCCUGCACAAUGUGAGGAAGAAGACAAUCAUUAAAUGUGGUACUUAUUUGUGGGUUGUUUUUUCAAACAUAAAUGAACAGCCUUGUAGCAAAUAUGUAACUUGAUGAGAAUGUAGUGAAUACUAAUUAGAAAUGCACAAGAUAUGGUUGGACGAUAAUCCGAGUAGUCAACAGUAUUGAUUUAAUAUUGUGAUGAAACAUACUGCAAUGUUGAAAAUGGUGUUUAUACCACAACAUUGCAGUUGUUUUAAGUAAACUUGAAUGCUUUGCUAUUUGGCAGCUACAAUUACAGCCCUUACGGGGGGGUUUGGCUAAGAGAAGGCAUGUUACAUAAUCCAGAUGUGUCAAUUAAUUUGUUUGUUGCAAAGAGUGCAUUUAAAUUCCCUGAUAUCAAGCAUGCUGUGUAGCAAGGAAGAGCCAAUCAGAUACUGAGGCUACACGUUGAUCUCUCAGAAUUCGCAGGGAUUCAAUCAUUGACCAAAGUAAUGUUGGACGCUUAAUAGAAUGAGAUCGUUUUUUUUCCACACAAAUGAUCAGCAUUGCCUGUUGUCUUUUUUUCUGGUUACAUAAAUGCAUCUAAAUUAAAUGUACAGACUAUGAAGUAUAGUAUUGGUCAUUUAGUGUUCGCUCAUUAUUAUAAAUUGCUUAUUCUGCAAACCUGUUACAUACAUACAUUUUUUUAUUAAAGCUGUCUUUCUCCAGG